UUUCCUAUAGUAUGGUCCACCUGAGAUAUGGAUCUUACUUAAUUUUUGGGUACAUGCCGUAAAAUGAUCUGAAAAAAUGGAUGGACGGUGUGGAUAUAAAAUGAAUAUAUCAAGAUGGUCCUCACAGUAAGGGCGCACCUUCUUGGAAGAGUCCAAGGUCGCACCUAAUCCGCUCCUAUCCACGAAAUCACAUGUAGUAGAAUAUAAUGCAGUCUUGAAUUCAGAGAUAAUAAGAGAAGUUUUGGGGUUUUUGUUUCUGAAAGGUGUGGAAAAGAUGAAGGGCUCUCCAAAGGUGGUCUCUGUGGCUAUCAUUUCUCUCUUCUUCUUUGCUCUGUUCGUGUCUCCAAUCCAAUCAAGGAAAUUAGCAACUGAUGAAGAAGUAUACGAAACGUGGUUGGUCGUGCGAAAGGUCAUAAAAGUCAUAGUUGCCACUCUAUUUGUGAGAGCUUUAUUGGGUGUAUUGCAUCUCGUCGUCGUAAUUAUCUAUGUGAUCUAUCGGAGAUAUAGACGCAUGAAUGGUAAAAAGAACUUACAACACAACCAUGAAGCCCUGGGUCCAUCUAGGUAUUCCUAUUCGGAUAUCGCGAGAAUGACUGAUAAUUUUAAGGAAAAACUAGGUCAAGGAGGUUUUGGGUCUGUUUAUAAAGGUAUACUUCAUGAUGGGCAACCUGUUGCAAUAAAGAUGUUGGAUAAUUCAAAGAGUAAUGUUGAAGAAUUCAUCAAUGAAGUUACUACGAUUGGUAGAAUUCAUCAUGUCAAUGUAGUGCAAUUGAUUGGGUUUUGCUUUGAAGGGUUGAGAUACGCUCUUGUGUAUGAGUUCAUCCCCAAUGGACCUUUAGAAAAAUACGUAUUUUCAAAUGAUGGAAAGAGCCAAAUGAUUACUUGGGAAAAACUAUAUGAGAUUGUGUUAGGCGUUGCCCAUGGGAUUGAGUACCUGCACAGAGAAUGCAACAUGCGAAAACUCCAGUUCGACAUCAAACCCAACAAUAUCUUGCUAGAUGGCAACUUCAAUCCUAAAAUUUCCAAUUUUGGACUCGCAAAGCUGUGCCCCAAUGAUCACAGAGCUGUCUCCACUAGUGCUGGAGGGACAACGGGAUACAUGGCACCAGAACUAUUUGCAACGAAUUUUGAAGGCAUCUCAUACAAAUCCAACGUUUAUAGUUUCGGAAUGUUGCUAUUGGAAAUUGCUGGAAGGAGUAAGAAUUUCAACCGACGCGUAGAACAUUCAAGUCAGGUACACUUCCUGACAUGGGUUUAUGACCGAAUCGCUCAAGAGGGGGACAUGGAAAUUAGCAAUGGGACUAGGACCGAUGGGGAUAUCGCUAGGAAGAUGGCAAUAGUUGGGCUUUGGUGCAUACAAACAAAUCCAGACAGUCGCCCUUCAAUUAACAAAGUUGUGGAAAUGUUAGAAGGUAAGAAUGAGCUUCUUGAAAUGCCACCGAGGCCUUUACUUGAUUUCCCAGAGCAACAACCUAUCGAAGAUCUUUCUCUUACCGAGAAAGUAGCAUUAUUAAGACGUCCAAAUAUAGAUUGAUUAUUGUCGAUUUUCUCUAUCUAUCCAUCAAAGUUCAAUCCAUUUAUGUAUUAAAUGUUUGGGAAGUCCAUGUUUGCUACUUUGUUAUGUUUAAAUUAUUGCAAAAUGGGUGGAUGGAAAAGAUUGGGAGAAUCCAAUCCAUGUUGUGAGAAGGUAAUUUCUAUUGCAUUUGAAAAUUUGGAAAAUUCAUGUUUA